AUGGCUGUCCCCUGCAUAAGCUAUUUUCUGCUCUCCGUGUUUUUCAUUGUGAUAAUGCUGCAUGCUCAAAUGCUAUUCACAGCAGUGUCUGCAGAGCAAGAUACAAAGCUUCAUGUGGUGUACAUGGGCAGCACUGAUCCAGCACAAGAAAAUGGAGAGUCUUACGCAGCAGCUGCUGCAUUGCACCUUGAAAUGCUUCAUUCUGUACAUGGAAGUUGUAAUCCAUUCCGGGAAGCAGCAGAGGAAUCACUGAAGAACAGUUAUUGGAAGAGUUUUGGAGGAUUUGCUGCUAUGCUUUCUUCAGCCCAUGUCGAACAGCUCUUAAAUAUGGAUGGUGUGGUAUCGGUGUUUGAGAGCAAGAAACUGCAACCUUUAACCACAAGAUCAUGGGAUUUCAUUGGCUUUCCUGCAUCUGCUCAGAGAAAUAAUUUGGAUUAUCAGAGCGACAUCAUCAUUGGUGUUAUAGACACAGGAAUAUGGCCAGAAUCAGAAAGUUUCAGCGACGCUGGAUUUGGCUCAAUUCCAUCCAAAUGGAGGGGUGGAUGCCAGACAACACCAGAUUUCCCCGCCUGCAACAAGAAACUUGUUGGGGCAAAGUUUUUUCGCAGUGUUCCAGAUAAUCAAAAACCUGUAGGAGAUUUUUUGUCUCCACGAGAUGUACAAGGCCAUGGAACACACACCUCCUCUACUGCUGCAGGAAAUCAUAUAUACAAUGCUAGUCUUUAUGGCAUAGCCCAAGGAGAUGCACGAGGUGGGAUCCCCGGUGCAAGAAUUGCGAUGUACAAGGUUUGUUGGAUUGAUGGCUGCACUGAUGCAGACAUGCUUGCAGCGUUUGAUGAUGCAAUCCAUGAUAAUGUGGAUGUCAUUUCUAUAUCGAUAGGCACAAAUAUUACUCUUAAUUACUUUGAAGAUAGCAUUGCCAUUGGAGCAUUUCAUGCAAUGAAGAGGGGAAUUUUGGUAUCAAAUUCAGCUGGAAAUUCUGGACCUGAUAGGGCAACAAUUUCCAAUUACUCUCCAUGGUCUCUAACUGUGGCGGCAAGCACCAUUGAUCGCAAAAUGACUUCUGAACUUAUUCUAGGAAACGGCAUGUUUAUUGAGGGUAUCGCUGUAAACACAUAUACAAUGGAACAACUAUGGUAUCCUUUAGUAUAUGGAGGUGAUGUUGCUAAUGUUAAUGGGGGCUUUACUUCUAAAGAUUCUAGCAAUUGCAAGUUGAAUUCUUUGGAUCACACCAAAGUGAAAGGAAAGAUAGUGCUCUGCAAUUUUGAUGUCGACAGACCAGAUUAUUCAGUUUUCAUUGCUGGUGGGGUUGGCGUCAUUAUAAUGCUAGAUAAUUCUAAUGACAUAGCUUAUGUGUUUCUAAACCCUACAACGGUGAUAUCGACUAAGCAAGGACAAGUUGUAUUAUCUUACAUUAACUCUAUUAGCUCUCCUAUGGCAAAAAUUCAAAAAACUACGACUACCAAAGCAAGGGCACCCAUUGUGGCUUCGUUCUCAUCUCGAGGUUACAAUCCGAUCACUUUCGACAUUCUCAAGCCUGAUAUUACUGCACCAGGCGUGGACAUUUUUGCAUCAUGGCCAAAAAAUUCUUCACUUUCUGAGUAUUUAGAAGACACAAGGUUCGGUGACUUCAAUAUAUUAUCGGGAACCUCCAUGUCAUGUCCACAUGCUACAGGAGCUAUAGGGUUUGUUAAGUCAUAUCAUCAAAACUGGUCUCCUGCUGCUAUCAAAUCAGCUCUAAUGACUACAGCAUUUGUAAUGGAUCCAACAUUGGAUGAAACUGGAGAUGCAGAAUUUGGGUAUGGAGCUGGGCAGAUAAAUCCAAUGAAGGCCAUCAAUCCAGGGCUUGUGUACAAUACAAGUGUAGGUGAUUAUGUCAAAUUUCUUUGUAGGGAAGGUUAUAAUGAUACUAAUUUACGAUUGGUGACAAGAGACUCUAGUAGUUGUGACUUAAUAGAGCCAUCAAUAUAUGGAGCAAGAGAAUUGAAUUAUCCUUCAAUAAUGGUUGUUGUUGUCCCAGGACAACAUAUUCAAGCUAUAGUUCCUAGAACAGUUACCAAUGUAGGUGUUGCUAAAAGUACAUACAAGGCCACUAUAUCUGCACCCUCUGGAAUAAGUGUGACAGUUGACCCAAAUAUAUUAUCAUUUUCAUCUCUAAAUCAACAGUUAUCAUACAAUGUCACAAUUGAAGGUGGAUCCAUACCUACAAACAAAUUACUUUCAGGUUCCUUAUCAUGGAGCUAUGAGAAUUACAUUGUUAGAAGCCCAAUAUCUAUCUAUUGUAUUGACAAAGGACUGGUAUAA